CCGCGGAUCGGGUGUGUGGAGCAGGAGCUGAACGCCUGGUUCGGUCUUGCGGCUUGCCCGGCCUCCUUUUCCAUCCUACGGACAUCUGUUUUAUUUCCUCCAGACUUCCAGCGAAUUUGGGGGAGCGAUCAUGUUGAGAGGAAAUUUGAAGCAAGUGCGGAUCGAGAAAAACCCGGCCCGCCUGCGGGCCUUGGAGUCGGCGGCGGGGGAGAGCGAGACGGCAGCUGCGGCUGCCAUGGCGCUCGCUCUGGCCGGGGAACAGGCGCCGCCCCCCUCGGCGCCCCAGGAGGACCACCAGGAGGAAGAGAUGGGCUUCACCAUCGACAUCAAGAGCUUCCUGAAGCCGGGGGAGAAAACCUACACGCAGCGCUGCCGCCUCUUUGUGGGGAACCUUCCCACGGACAUCACGGAGGAGGACUUCAAGCGACUCUUCGAGCGCUACGGGGAGCCCAGCGAGGUCUUCAUUAACCGAGACCGCGGCUUUGGCUUCAUCCGUCUGGAGUCUAGAACUCUGGCUGAAAUUGCAAAAGCAGAGCUGGAUGGCACUAUUUUGAAAAGCAGACCACUCCGAAUUCGAUUUGCUACUCAUGGAGCUGCCUUAACCGUCAAGAACCUUUCACCUGUGGUUUCUAAUGAGCUUCUAGAGCAAGCAUUUUCUCAGUUUGGUCCUGUGGAAAAAGCUGUUGUAGUAGUGGAUGAUCGUGGACGAGCAACGGGAAAAGGUUUUGUAGAAUUUGCUGCAAAACCUCCAGCACGAAAGGCCCUGGAAAGAUGUGGUGAUGGAGCAUUCUUGCUAACCACAACACCUCGGCCAGUCAUUGUGGAGCCCAUGGAACAAUUUGAUGAUGAAGAUGGACUACCAGAGAAACUAAUGCAAAAGACACAACAAUAUCAUAAGGAAAGAGAGCAACCUCCCCGGUUUGCUCAACCUGGAACAUUUGAAUUUGAGUAUGCAUCACGAUGGAAGGCACUGGAUGAAAUGGAAAAGCAGCAGCGGGAGCAGGUUGACAGAAAUAUCAGAGAAGCCAAAGAGAAACUAGAGGCAGAAAUGGAAGCUGCUAGACAUGAACAUCAGUUAAUGCUGAUGAGGCAAGAUCUUAUGAGGCGCCAAGAAGAACUGAGACGUUUGGAAGAACUUCGAAAUCAAGAGCUUCAGAAACGCAAGCAAAUACAGUUGAGACAUGAAGAAGAACAUCGUCGUCGUGAAGAAGAGAUGAUACGUCAUAGAGAACAAGAGGAACUUCGAAGACAGCAAGAAGGAUUUAAACCAAAUUAUUUGGAAAAUAGAGAACAGGAAAUGAGAAUGGGUGAUUUGGGUCCCCGUGGAGCAAUAAACAUGGGAGAUGCGUUUAGCCCAGCACCUGCUGGUAACCAAGGUCCUCCUCCAAUGAUGGGUAUGAAUAUGAACAACAGAGGAACUAUACCUGGCCCACCUCUGGGUCCUGGUCCUGCCUUGGGACCAGAAGGAGCUGCAAAUAUGGGAACUCCAAUGAUGCCAGAUAAUGGAGCAGUGCAUAAUGAUAGAUUUUCCCAAGGACCACCAUCUCAGAUGGGUUCACCUAUGGGCAGUAGAACAGGCACUGAAACCCCUCAGACCCCAAUGAGUGGUGUAGGUCCUGUGAGUGGUGGUCCUGGUGGCUUUGGUAGAGGAAGCCAAGGGGGAAACUUUGAAGGACCUAAUAAACGUCGCAGAUACUAAAGAAUCUUUCAGUCCUUGCAAUUUAGAGAGAAGAAAAUUUAGUGGUAUGCCUUUAUAAUUUUCUGAAAGAAAUGGUUUUAUUGUUAAUGUAGUCUUUUCAAAGUUUCUUUUGUAAAACCUGAAGUUUUUGUAUUUUUUUCUUUAGUAAUACAUAAGCUUUGUAGUCUAGAGUGGAAAUGAUGAUGCUCAUCAUUGUGAAAGUCAAAUGUGUUUGUGACUUUAGCUAAAUAUAGACAUGCGAUCGUACUGUAAAACUUGUGCAGAUACUUGAUCUCAAUAAAGAAAUCACUUUGAAUAAUUUGAAAUAUUAGUAGUAGUAUGCUCCUUUAAAGUAUUACCAAACUUGGCUGUACUAAUAACAUUUUGGUUGCAUUAACUCAAUAAUGCCAGCUAUUCAAAAAGCAAGAAGAUUCCAUGCUUUUUAGUUGUAAACUAGAAAGUAGCACUGGACUUUGCAAGAUGUGUGGUUAAUACCUGUUGUAUUAAGGGGUUGAAAGAUAGUGCAACAUCUUGAAGAGCUGAACCUUUGUACAAACCCUUAAUGUUCUGUAAAAUCAAGGUUAUGUUGUCUAUGGUUUAAUAGCUAGAAUAGACCAGAAAUAUUAAGAAAAUCUUUGUCCUGUGUUCAAUUUUCCAAAUAAAUACUUUGAUUCUUGGCUAAA